AUGAAUUUAACCAAAGUUUCAUUUUUUGAUGAUCCAAAAUAAAAUUUAUGGAUAAAAGAAGUAAUUUAAGCAUCAGAUCCUAUAAUAAGUGGAACACUGAUUAAGAAUUCGAAAUUAGGAAUUAAAAAAGAGAGCAACUAUUUUUUAUAGGAUGGAAAACUAGCUUGUUCAUAGAAAUAUAUUGAUUUGUAAAAUGUUACUCUGGAGAAGAUAAAAAAUAUAGGUUUUAAAUUGACUAAGAAUCGAAAGUCAGUUGAGCUGCUUAGUCAUAAUGAAUAGGCUUAGGGAAUGUGGUAUAACUACUUAAAAUAGUUUUGCAUUUAGAAAGGGUUCAAUAAUGUAUAUUCUAUAAACAAGUUGAUAGGUAAGGGUAAUUUUGCAAAGGUAUAAUAUUUUAGAAUAAGUAAAGGUUUAUAGUGCAUAAAAGAAGAGUGACUAAUAAGUGUAUGCUGUAAAGGCUUUCGAUAAAUUAAAAUUUUAAGAUAUUAGAGUAGACAAGGUAGAUUAAACAUAUAUUAUCAUAUAGCCUGCUUUGAUAAAGGAAUUAUCUAUAAUGAGAAAAAUGGAUUUUUUUGGUGUGAUAAAAUUAUAUGAGGUAUUUGAGAAUGAUAAUUACAUAUUCGUGGUAUGUGAAUUUUUAGAAGGAGGAGAAUUGUUUAAUCAAAUGAAAGGGAAAGCAUAUGAUGAGAAAACAGUAGCUAUUAUAAUGUAUAGAAUAUUGUAAUCGAUUGAUUAUAUUCAUUCCUUAGGGGUUCUACAUAGAGACAUAAAAGUAUAGAAAAAUGAUUAUAAUUUAGCCAGAAAACUUGAUUCUUAGAUCUAAAAAGGAGAUGUCUGAUGUAGUAAUUGCAGAUUUUGGUUUAGCUGAUUAUUAUAAUGUUGAAGGUAAUUAUAUGUUUAAGCGUUGUGGAACUCCUGGUUAUGUAGCACCAGAAUUACUUCAAGAUAAAAUCUAUGAUUAUAAAAUUGAUAUUUUUAGUGCAGGAGUUUUAAUGUUCAUUAUGUUGACUGGAUAAUCUCCAUUCAAAGCCAAGUCAUAUGAUGAAAUUGUGAUGAAAAAUUAUCAUUGUUAGAUUGAAUUCAACUUAAUUAAAAAUUAACCAUUAAGUGAAGAAGCUGUCCAUCUCUUAACUUCCUUACUCGAAAAGAAUCCAGAUAUGAGAAUCAAUUCUGAAUUAGCUCUAUAACAUCCAUGGUUUUAAAAGUAACCAGAUUAUAAAUUAUUUCUGUAUUAUUUAAUCUUAAUAAUAGGGCUGAUACAUAUCCAAGACAUAAAAAGAAUUCUUAAUUGUAUGCUAAAACUCCUUUGAUGGGAUAGGAAUUAAAUUAAUCUCUUACUUCUACUCCAAUAAGUUUAACACCAUAAAUGAGAAGCAAAUCUAAUACUGCUGAUAUUUAAAGAGAGGAAUAACAUUCCUCUAAUUCAAGAUAAUAGAGUUAAUCAUUAAAAGUUUAAAAAUAAGAAUGCAUUUCAGAAGAAAAUGAUUACAAUGUAAACGAAGAAGAUGAUAUUCCUCAUAGUAAUUAAAUUAAAAUGUAUCAAAUCUAACCAAAAUUAAAAAAAAGUAUCUAUUUAAAAUUAUUACUAGAUUAAGAAGAAAUACAUUAAAAAUCAAUUGUUGAAACUGGUAAUAAUAAAGGUUCACUCUAAUUUAAAGUUUGA